AUCAAGAGUUCAAGACCAAGACACCUAGCAUCGGGCUCCUUCAAUCUUCAACUGUCACCUCCAACAAAAUUUGCAUUUCUGGUUCUCCCUCUUCCUCCUCCCUUCUUCUUCAUCAAAGUUUUAUCUUCAUUUUUCAGUUUUUUCAAAGACUUACUAUUUAUUUGUCUUCGUUAUACAUUUUAAACCUGCUGUCUCUUAGAUUCAUUCAUUAUAAUGACCAGCCAUGAAAACCCACCACAACAAACCAAUCAAUUUCACUCUUUUACCUCAAAGUUCAAACCGUUAUUCAUCUUAUAUUCAUCAUCCAUUCUCAUUCUCUUGCUUGCAAUCUCUUUCACUUUCACCAAAACUAGCUUUUACAAAAUCCCCCCCUUUAAAUCACACUUCAUUCUACACCCCCCUUUUUUUCAAUCACUUUUAGGGUUUUUUCACCGAACCCAGAAGCCAAAUGAUCCAAAUCUCAUUUCCAAGCCAUCUCAUUGUGUUCUAUGGAUGGCUCCAUUUCUUUCAGGUGGUGGGUAUAGUUCAGAAUCUUGGUCUUAUAUAUUAGCCCUUAAGGAACAUGUGAAGAACCCUAGGUUUAGAUUGGCUAUUGACCAACAUGGUGAUUUAGAAUCUUUAGAAUUCUGGGAGGGCUUGCCUCAAGAUGUCAAGAAAUUGGCGUUUGAGCUUUAUAAUACAGAAUGUCUGAUGAAUGAAACUAUUGUUGUUUGUCAUAGUGAGCCUGGUGCUUGGUACCCACCAUUGUUUCAAACCCUUCCUUGUCCACCAACUGGUUACAAAGAUUUCAAGUUGGUAAUUGGUAGAACAAUGUUUGAAACUGAUAGGGUGAAUCUUGAGCAUGUAAAGCGGUGUAAUCGGAUGGAUUUUGUUUGGGUUCCUACUGAUUUUCAUGUUUCUACUUUUGUACAAAGUGGGGUUGAUCCUUCUAAGGUUGUAAAAAUUGUGCAGCCUAUUGAUGUUAAUUUCUUUGAUCCCCUUAAGUAUGAGCCAUUAGAUCUUGCCUCAAAAGGAAAAUUGGUUUUAGGUACAAGAGAAACGGAUUCGAGUGCUAAGGAGUUUGUGUUCUUAAGUGUGUUUAAGUGGGAGUAUAGGAAAGGAUGGGAUGUGUUGUUGAAAGCAUACUUGGAAGAAUUUUCUAACGCUGAUGGGGUUGCUUUGUAUUUGCUAACAAAUGCAUAUCAUUCUGAUAAAAAUUUUGGUAGCAAGAUUGAUAAGUUUGUAAGGGAUUCUGAUAUGGCAAAACCAGUUGAGGGUUGGGCUCCAAUAUAUGUGAUUGAUAACCACAUUGCUCAGCUUGUUUUGCCACGUGUUUAUAAGGCAGCUGAUGCGUUUGUUCUAUCAUCAAGAGGAGAAGGGUGGGGAAGGCCUCUUGUCGAAGCAAUGGCAAUGUCUUUGCCGGUCAUUGCAACGAACUGGUCUGGACCGACUGAGUAUUUGACGGAGGAGAACAGCUAUCCGUUGCAAGUUGAUAGAAUGAGUGAAGUAACGGAAGGGCCAUUUAAAGGGCAUCUUUGGGCAGAACCGUCUGUUGAUAAGCUGAAAACUCUUAUGAGACAAGUGACGAGUAAUGUUGGUGAAGCCAAUGCCAAAGGGAGAAAGGCGAGAGAGGACAUGAUCAGAAGGUUUUCUCCUGAGAUUGUUGCGGGGAUUGUCAGAGAUCAUAUAUACAAUUUCCUUGACGAGGAAGCAUAGAGAGUAAAUUUUUAAUCAAUUUUGUUACUUAAAACUUUUUGUUUAGCAACUUGUACAAAACUCAAGACUAUAUGUGGCUUGUAUAUUAGGUUGGUAGAGUUGCUUCCCAAGCUGCUUGCAAAUGUGAUUUGGUUGAUAUAUUGAUUGUAUCAUGUAGAUUCUAGCAUUUUUGUCAGGUAUAUUAUCAUAGAUUAUGUUAAGACAACAUGAAUCAGAUGAAUUACA